AUGAAAUUAGCACUUUUACUCGUGGUUGUUCUGCCUUUGGCAAUGUCGGCACCCCAAAGAGCUUUAUCUGAUAACCCAUUCUUGAACAGCAUCCUUAACGUUUUCCACGCUGACGAGCUUAAAAUCCUGGUCACAGAUUUAGUAGACCAGCUCGGUUCCAACGAGAGGGAGACAGAAUGUGAGGCGGAAUGUAACAAGCUUGUGGACACACAAUUCUCUACAGGAUCUCUUAACACCAUUUCUCACACUGCUUGUCCUCUUGCCUGUCAUUCGCUACAGGAACUCAUCCACUUUUUCCAUAUCCCGACACCUACACCAGCUUCUGCUGCUUAAAAGAAAGGUGC